AACAAAGGCGUCGAAAAUGGAAAAUGGAAAUUCAUAAUUCAUAUUUCCCACUAGUAUUCUUGUUAACAAGAUAAGGACUGGUCCAAUCGUUGCUCCGUUUUUGGGUUUAGGGCAAUCCCUCAAGCCCCGAACCUUGAAGAAGACGACGUCUUCUCCACACUCACCAUCUCUACUAUCUACAACUCGAGGGUGAUAGAAUAGACAUCCAUCUAUGGCAUCUCAAGUGAUUCGUGAAUGGAUGGGUAUUCAGCAGUUCCCACCGGCCACCCAGACUAAGUUGCUCGAACUGCUGGGAAAACUUAAGCAAGAGAAUGUGAACACUUUGACUAUCCUUGUGAUGGGGAAAGGCGGUGUUGGGAAGUCAUCGACUGUAAACUCAAUCAUAGGGGAGAAAGUAGUUCCUGUUAGUACCUUUCAGUCUGAGGGUCCAAGACCAAUGAUGGUUUCACGCACAAGAGCUGGAUUUACAUUAAACAUCAUUGACACUCCUGGGCUUAUAGAAGGAGGAUAUGUAAAUGAUCAGGCUCUUGAACUUAUAAAACGUUUCCUUUUGAACAAGACUAUAGAUGUUUUGCUAUAUGUGGACCGUUUGGAUGCAUAUAGGGUGGACAAUUUGGACAAACAGGUCGUCAAAGCCAUAACAGAUACUUUUGGUAAAGAAAUUUGGAAUAGGGCUCUGGUUGUCCUUACACAUGCUCAGCUUUCACCACCGGAUGGGCUGAAUUAUGAUGUCUUUUUCUCCAAACGAUCAGAGGCUCUUCUAAAGGUUGUUUGUCUAGGUGCUCGAUUAAAGAAACAUGAUAUGCAGGGUUCCACAAUACCUGUUGCUUUGGUUGAGAACAGUGGAAGAUGUAAUAAGAAUGAAAGUGAUGAAAAGGUUCUUCCAAAUGGUACAGCCUGGAUCCCCAAUUUAGUUAAAACUAUCACAGAAGUUGUCUUCAAUGGGAGCAAGGCUGUUUAUGUUGACAAGAAGUUGAUUGAAGGGCCAAACCCCGAUGAAAAGGGAAAGAUUUUCAUACCUUUUAUUUUAGCAUUACAAUAUUUACUUGUUGUGAAACCAAUGGUCCGGGCAAUCAAGUCUGAUAUUGCCAAGGAGAGCAGACCGGCGUGGGAGCUGAGGGAUACAAAUGUUGCUGGUCGCAAGUUCUGAAUCCCUCAAAAAGUUUUCUUUGAUAUUUGGUGUUUCUUUUUUUUUUUUUUUUCUAGUUUUGAUAUAUUUCAUCUGCACGGAUUCACACCUGUGCAUCUCCUGUUUCUGAUGUUGCUUACUUCUUUAUAACCUGCAAUAGCAAUGAUCUGCGGCCAGUGGAUUUCCUUAGUGCUGAGAGAACUGGAUUUUGCACUUGUGAUAGAUUAUGUACUUGUUCCUGGAAUCUUGUUUUUACUAGUUGUAAUUAUGGCGCUCAUUUAAGUAAUCAUCACCUCAUUAAUUCCCCA